UGAGACAGUCACCACCCCUCCGCAGACUCAUCAGGGGGGAAAGAUGGUUGAAGCAGAUCGCCCAGGAAAGCUUUUCAUUGGUGGGCUUAACACGGAAACGAAUGAGAAAGCCCUUGAAGCAGUAUUUGGCAAAUAUGGACGAAUAAUGGAAGUGCUCUUGAUGAAAGAUCGUGAAACCAACAAAUCAAGAGGAUUUGCUUUUGUCACCUUUGAAAGUCCAGCAGAUGCUAAGGAUGCAGCCAGAGACAUGAAUGGAAAGUCCUUAGAUGGAAAAGCCAUCAAGGUGGAACAAGCCACCAAACCAUCAUUUGAAAGUGGUAGACGUGGCCCACCUCCACCUCCAAGAAGCAGAGGCCCUCCCAGAGGUCUUAGAGAAGGAAGAGGAGGAAGCGGAGGAACUAGGGGACCUCCCUCAUGUGGAGGGCAUAUGGAUGAUGGUGGCUAUUCCAUGCAUUUUAACAUGAGUUCUUCCAGGAGACCUCUUCCAGUAAAAAGAGGACCACCACCAAGAAGUGAGGGUCCUCCUCCUAAAAGGUCAGCCCCUUCAGGACCAGUUCGCAGCAGCAGCGGAAUGGGAGGAAGAGCUCCUGUAUCACGUGGAAGAGAUAGUUAUAGAGGCCCACCUCGAAGGGAACCCCUGCCCUCUCGUAGAGAUGUUUAUUUAUCCCCAAGAGAUGAUGGAUAUUCUACUAAAGACAGCUAUUCAAGCAGAGAUUACCCAAGUUCUCGUGACACAAGAGAUUAUGCACCACCUCUGAGAGAUUAUACUUACUGUGAUUAUGGUCAUUCCAGUUCACGUGAUGACUAUCCAUCAAGAGGCUAUAGUGAUAGAGAUGGAUAUGGUCGGGAUCGUGAUUAUUCAGAUCAUCCAAGUGGAGGUUCCUACAGAGAUUCAUAUGAGAGUUAUGGUAACUCACGUAGUGCUCCACCUACACGAGGGCCCCCGCCAUCUGAUGGUGGAAGCAGUCGCUAUGAUGAUUACAGCAGCUCACGUGACGGAUAUGGUGGAAGUCGAGACAGUUACUCAAGCAGCCGAAGUGAUCUCUACUCAAGUGGUCGUGAUCGGGUUGGCAGACAAGAACGAGGGCUUCCCCCUUCUAUGGAAAGGGGGUACCCUCCUCCACGUGAUUCCUACAGCAGUUCAAGCCGCGGAGCACCAAGAGGUGGUGGCCGUGGAGGAAGCCGAUCUGAUAGAGGGGGAGGCAGAAGCAGAAUCUAGAAACAAACAAAACUUUGGACCAAAAUUCCCCGUUCAAAGAAACAAACAAAAAGUGGAAACCAUUCUGUCAUAACUACCCAAGGACUACUAAAAGGAAAAAUUGUGUUACCUUUUUAAAAUUUCCUGUUAAGUUCCCCUUCAUAAUUUUUUAUGUUCUUGUGAGAGAAAAAAAGUAAAACAUG